AGGGCAGCUGCCCCGAGGGGGGCCUGGGGACCUCCUGCUCCCUUGCCGCGGCUUGCGGGGGGACGGGGAGGGUCUCUCGGACGUCACGGGUGCUUACAGCUCCGUGAGGUCAUGUCUGGGGGUUACCUGAGGUCUUGGAGAGCCUCCUGGUAGCCGGAGGCACCGGGCACCCGCCGGCCCCGGGUGAGGUCCUGCCUCUCACCAAGCCCGGGACAAAACAAGCACAGCCCUGCAGACAGGCCCUGGGACACAGCCUGCAAGUCGUAAGAAAGACACUUAAAGCAGUUAUGAUUAAGAAAAGAAGUCUGAAAAGUUUGCCUCUGGGGGAAAAGUCUAGAAAAGCCUUUUUAAUCACUAAAUACCAGGUUGAAUUAAAAGCUGUUGAGGUGGGUUGGCCUCAGCUAGCUGCCAGGUUCCCACAAAGCUGCUCAUCUCACGCCCCUUCUGUGAACAGGACAGAGGGAGAAGAUGGGAAUAGAAGCUCCUGGGUCGAGGUGAGGACAGGGAGAUCACUCACCAGUUACCCUUAGGGACAAAACUGGGGAAAUUCAUGUGUUGCCAGUCAAAUCAGAGUAAUGAGAAGUAAAACCAAAUCUUAAUACACCCUCUCCGUACCCUUCCCUUCAUCUCAGGCUCAACUUCACUCCUGGUUUUCUCUACCUCCUCCUCCUGAGCAGCACAGGGAAUCAGAGAAUGGAGGCUGCAGUCCGUUCAUCACAGUUGUCACAGCUGCUCUCUGUUCCUCACACUCUUCCCUUGUUCCAGCAUGGAGUAUAUCCCAUGGGAGACAGUUCUUCAGGAGCUGCUCUUGUGACCCCAGGGUCCCCUACAGGGUCACAAGUCCUGCUAGCAAACCUGUUCCAACCUGGGCUCUUCUGUCCACAAGGCCACAGGUCCUGUCAGGAGUUGUUCCAGUGUGGGAUUUGCACAGAGUCAUUGUCUCCUUUGGGUAACCCCUUGCUGUGGUGUGAAGUCCUCCCUGGGCUGCAGGACUUCAAGAUGACAGGAAGAGAGUUUUUUGAACUAGGUACUCCACAGGAUAGACUAUUUAUGGACAGACUUAAGCGGAUGGAAGUCAUACAGAAGAUGUUCAAUGAGCUUCCUAAAGCAGACCAGAACCUCUGUAAACACGGAUCGUACUUCCUUGCAGCCAAUUCAAGCUUGUGUGGCUUAGCAGCAAAUAACUUCUUCAGGAACAUCCUCCAUGUCAGAAGGGCUGCCUUCAGCUCUGCGCUGCCCAUGGCUGUUGUUCCCUUUCUUUCCACAGCAAUAGUUUACGACGCUUUUGUGCGUGAUCCUAUAUUUUCAGAUGAGCUACACUGUGAGGUCUGUGCUGUGGUCAGAGGAGGAUUAAUCGGGGCUGUUGUAGGCGGUCUCUAUCCUGUGCUCCUGGCUCUCCCCAUGACCGCCAGCCUUGCAGCCAGGUAUCAUUCAUCUCCCUUGCCAGGGAAAGAGAAUGCAUUACGCUUCUGGCUCACAACUGCUCAGCCUGUCUUCAGAAAGAUGAGUUUGGGUGUGCUGAUACAGGCUCUAACUGGAUUGUACCUUGCCACUAAACAUCAUGGAAUAUAUGUCAAAAUCCUGCAGCAGAUGAGCACUAGCAGGGAUCCUGAAGAGUUACAAGGAUGAAGUACAGUAACUUUCCAAUGGCCUUGCCUAAGUAACCGUAAUAAACAAAGGAAGAAAUUGUUGCUUGCUGUCUCUUUUAACAGAAAACCAAAGUUAAGACUGUGCACUGGAAUCUUUUUCAGUUCUGAACUCAAAUGCAAAGUGAAGUUUUUCAUUAUGUCCAGCUUAGUGUGUCCACCUGAGUAAUGGCUUUGUAAGGACACAUGUGUCUCAUUAGAAAUGAGGGGGGAAAAGGCAAUUAUAUUGCCUGUUUAUUGUUGGGGUCUAAGGUGAAGCUACAUCUUUUAGAAGCUGGAUAAAUGAGGAUUAUAGAAAAAGGGGUUUCUUCUUUAUAAUGCAAACCACGGUGAUUUUUUUUUUUUAAGAAGCAGACGGGGGGAGGGUCAAAGCAAGGUUUUUCCAGGGAUUCCUCAAAAUCUGAGUAUUUUUCUCCCGAACUUUCAUUCAUUCUGCUAGCACAGAAUUUAUGUCACCUGAUUACCCAGUUUAGGCUGUUAGAAGGGUGACUCUACACACUGUAGAGAACAUGAUGGCAGCAACGGGGAGUGACACUGCUGUCAGACUUCUCAGUGUAGCUAUGAAGUGACCAAAAAAAGAGCCUCAUCAGAACACACUUUGCCCUUGUAACUAUUUUGCCUUGGAACUAGCCUUUUUCUGAAGCAAGGAACUGUGCUGGGAGGCCUGAAACAGAUGGUGCUGCUACUGGGGUAUCUCAGCUACUUCGUUUUAAGAUCAGUGGUCCAGAGUUAUGAAUUGGGUUUGUCUUUAUAUUGGUGACUGCGUGUUCUAGAGUAACAUAAAAUGCUCAUUUUCCUACUGCAUGAGAUAAUUUUAGUGUGUUCUGCAUCUUGAAAACGAAAUCAGGGACUUCUUUCUACAGAAGCAACCAUCUCAAUCUGCCUUAAGUGUAAAACCUGUGCAAUGACUGCUCAACAACCACGUACACUUUAAUAAAAUCCUUAUUUUUCCUGACAUGCACAUGGAAAUAUUCUUGAGAACUAAGAGUUCAGCACUGAGACAUUGAAAUGGUUUAAAUUUAUGCUCUAGCAUUGAUGAAAACAUGAGCUUUAAGAGUUGUUUAUUAAAGGAGUAACUCUAAUUAAAGGAGUUUCAUUGUAUUUA